CGCGAAUAAUAUCUGUAUGGUUUAGAUGGUAGUUAACAGAGUUAAAAUAAUGCAGACAAAAGUGGCUAAGCUCUGCUAGCUUCUCCUGAAUUAAUGUGACUACGGCUUAAAAUAUGACACAUUAAUUACGUUAUUCAGCGUUUCUAUAUUUUCUGUGUAUAAUGCUGUAAUGGAGUUUAUGCAAUGCACAUCUACAACAUUGUGCUGACAAGUGGCCUGUAGUGCAUGAGCAGCGGCAGCGGCAGGGAUGAGGAUCCGACUUCAGGGUCCCAGCUAUGCUGCCAGCCUCCUCAUUGAGCUCAACCGCUGUCGACAGUUACGUCGCUACUGCGAUGUGCUCCUACAAGUUGGAAACCGCACAUUUGCAGCACACCGUGCCGUACUGGCCUGUGCUGGGACUUAUUUCAGCAACCUCUUUGCCCGGGCCCCGGCAUCUUCCACUGCUGCCUUCUCUUUGGAGUUUAUCUCUCCUGCCAAUUUUGAGAAAGUGCUCACAUUUGUGUACACAGGAGAGAUCUUGAUUGACCUCAUAGAUGUUGGGGUGCUGUAUGAACUUGCUGAAAGGCUAGGGGUUAGCGAACUGGUGAAGGCUUGUCAUGCCACCUUUCCUGAUUUGCAGGCUUCUGUGUCUGCAAACUGCAAAAUAAGCAGCCCUGGAGACCACGCACUGGACACGAGCAUGGUUGCUGCUGCUUCCACAGUGGCUUCUGUUAGUGCUGCCUCUGUAUCUGCAUCGUCUGCAUGCUCCUCUGCCGCCUCCUGCUCGUCUCUGUCUUCAUCAGUUGGUCUGUCAGCUGCCCCGACCCCUGCUGCUCCCUCCCCAUUCUUCCAAGCCAGGGCAGGCAGAACCAGCAGUGAUGCUCAUACUGGUGCUGGUACUUUGUCUAUGGACCUCAAAGCAGAAGACAUCCAGUCUCAUGUAGGAUAUGGGCAGAUGGCAGCAGACCACCAGCUCUCAGGAGGGCAUACUCUUUUAACCAGCAGUCAUUCCACUCACAGUGAUACAGUGUUGCCUCCAGCUCCUGUGCUCCAUCUGAAGACUGAGCAGGGAAUGGAGGAAGAGGCAGGUGGUGGCAGCUGUGUGGAAGCUGGAAGACAUGGACAAAUGAUGGUCUCUGAGAGCCUGAGGAGUGAACCUGUGCAGUCUGACUCCUGCUCUUUUCCUGACUCCUCGGCUCAGCUUGGAACUGAAGCCUGUGCUGCUACAUCAUCCUCAGGUGAGACUCUUGGCAGCGUGCAGGUGGGAGUUGUUGAAGGUGGGGUGGUGGAUGUGUCAAGAGACAACAGCCUUUUUGUAGAAGCGGAAGAGGGAGAACAUGGGGAAGAGAGGGAAGCUCUGCAAGGAAACGGAGAGAUGGCAGUACCAGAGGAAGAGCAGUGGAGGCAACUGGCAGGUGAGAUCAUCGAACUGAGCGAUGAUGAGAAUUACAUGGAUGAGGGAGAUGAAGAAGAGGAUGAUGAAGAUGACCUUGUGUGUCUGGAGAACAGGGAAGGAGCAAACACAAGUGAACAGGUGACAGUGGACAUGUUUUCAUGUAAAGCUUGCGCAGUGCCUCUCCCAGCUGACCCAGCUGCCAUCAGAAGUCAUGCAGAGUCCCAUCUGACAGAGCAGGGACUCUGCAGGGUGUGUGGAGCCUCAUUUCCAGACCAAGCUGCCGGUGUCACACACUCCCUUUCCCACAUCGGUGUGCAGCUCUUCACCUGUGACAUGUGCCGCCUGCAGUUUUGCAGCUUAAACAAACUACUGCGCCAUCACCGACAGGCAGCCUCCUGUUAUGCCAUAUCACCAGCGUCACUGACCACCCAAGGCCAGAGCUCUGAGCUGCAGUGUGCCGUCUGCACCAAAACCCUCAGCAAAGACUUCCAGGCUGUCAAAGACCACCUGCUGAGCCAUGUGUGUCCCCAGAGCCUGAGCUGUGGAGUGUGUCACCUCACGCAGUUUUCUUUGUGCUCCCUGCUGUGGCACGCACUCACCCACCUCUCUUUGCCCAUCUUCUCCUGCCCACAUUGUGCCUGCUGCUUUGUGGAGCGCCCCCUACUGGACAGACAUAUGACAGCACAUGCUGAGGAGGCGGCAGCCAAAGAGAGGGAGCGUACGGCACUGAGAGCCUACAGAGCUGGGGCAGAUGGAGAUGGGGGAGGAGGAGGAGGAUGCAUGGCAGGAGUUGAAGAGCUGCACUGCUUCCUCUGUCCGCAGACUUUUCGCUCUUCCUCUGCCUUUCAAUGCCACCUCAAUGUGCACACCUCAGAGUCUCUCGGGAGUGGUGGAGGUUUCGGGGGAUCAGGGUGGAUAGGCAAACGCAAGGCUGACCUAACUGUAGAUUGCCCUCCUUCCUCUUGCUCCUCCUCUCUGAGGGAAGCCGGUGGCCUCGUUAAAGUCCCCAACCUGGGUCUGGGCGUGGGAAUGGGCUUCAGCUUACAAGAUAAAUUUUUUCAGGGGCCUGUACACAGCCUCCCCCCCUCAGUCCUAACCAACGGGAGCUCAGGACAGGAUGGGGGAGCUGCAGGAGCUGCAGGUGUUCGUGGGAAAUGGUACCGGUGUCGCUACUGUGGUAAACGCUUUGCCCACUCAGGGGAGUUUACCUAUCACCUCCGGAUCCACACCGGGGAGAAACCAUACCAGUGCAAGGUGUGUCUGCGUUUCUUCAGGGGCAGGUCCACCAUGAUCUGCCACCUGAAAACGCACGCCGGUGCUCUGAUGUACCGCUGCACUGUCUGCGGCCUUUACUUCUCCACACUGAAACUGGUGUCAUCACAUAUGGAGCUGCAUAAAGACCAUCUGCCUCCAGACUUUAACAUUGAGCAGACCUUCAUGUACAACGAUCACUCUAAAGAACCGCUUCCCACUGUGGACACAUGAUCAGCUCUGUGUCAGACUGUUGUUUACCUGACGUUUCUCACCUCCUCUGUGUCUGGUUGUCGUGGACCAUUUACUGCAUAUAACAGACUUACAGAAUGUAGUGAAUAUAUUAUCUGUUGGAUGCUGUUCGCUGAGUCAGCCUGUUUGAGGUUUUUAUUCUCUGUGAAUUAAGAAACAAAGAAGCCACUUGGUGGCAGUGUGUCCUGUUAUGUUUCUGUGAAUAAGAGCGGCUGGUUGAUUGUUGACUGUGAUGUGCUCUGCUUGUAUUACGUACUCCAAAUAAGUCUGUAUCUUUAUAACUUCAGGAUAGACGUCAGUUUAUGAUAACUACACUGUUACUAAAGUAGCACUUCAUUGUAGCAUAGACAUUAUUGUCCUAUAUAUGCAGUCAGUAUUUUCCAACAUAGACAUUUUGUAUAUGUCCUUUAAAAGUUUUAUUUUU